CCAAGACCCCUCCCCUCUUUGUGAUUAGUCGGCAGAACAGUUCCCCUGCUGCUGAAUUUGUCUGUGCUUCCUUUUUCCAAAAGGGGUUCAAACUAGUGGCAGGAAGUUCCAGAGGCUAACAGCAAACCCGUCCUCUGCGAAUGUGUCUCCUUUUCAGAGCUAGCAACUAUGAGUUCUAGGGAUUAGCAACAGACCCAUAUUCCAUGGACUUGUCUCCUCCUUUCCUCCCGCAAGCUGUCCUAGCUAGUGGCAGGAGGUUCCAGAGGUUAACAGUGUGAAGAAGUACGCCCUUUUUGUCAGUCCUCAAGGGGGCGAUCCUGAGACUUUAAGGCAUGGUGGGGACUGGGGAUUUUGGGGUGGAGCAAGGUGGACUCACCCUGUCUUCUUCUUCUUUUGUACACCCCCCCAGUGAAUUAUCCGCCGCCGCCUUUACCCCCCGCCAUUUGCCCCCCCGACCAUCAUGGCUCUAUGCCCGUAGUCUGCUACCCAUCCAAGGAGUCUAUCUUGAGCCCACGGCCGCAGGAGCGCAACACUGUGAUGCGCCGGACCACCGUUUUGGCCCUCUUCUCCGUGGUCCUCAUUUACCUGGUCACAGGUGCCUUCGUCUUUCGCCAACUGGAGCAGCCCUAUGAGAUCCACCAGCAGGGGAAGAUCCAAGCCUACCUGGAGCAGUUCUUAAAGCUACACCAAUGUGUAGCCGCUGAGGACCUUGAGGACCUCAUCCAGGUGAGAGCUGGAGGCCAAAGGGCUGGGGGAGAACAGGGCUCAGGGACUGGUUGGACCCAGAGGAAUGGUGGGGGGAACCAGCUGGGAAACUGCCAUAGGAAGAAGGCUCAGAGCCCGGCAGUUGUGGGUGGGUAGGGCUGGGCGAUACCUUGUUUUCGACAUUGUGAUAUAUCACCAGCUAAAUAUUGUGAUAUAGCAAUAUAUCACAAUGUCCGAAAUAAGGAUGGAGCUAUGUAGAGGCAUUAGCCGGCUUCACGGUUUUUCCUGCAUCCUAAUUUUUGCCAGCACUUGAUUCUCUGCCCCCUGCAAGAAGGCAGGGGAGAGCUGAGUUGGUAGAGUUAAUGGGGGCUGCAGGAAUCAAGAGAAGCGUUGGCCGGCUUCACGGUUUUUCCCACAUUCUGAUUUUUAUACAGUCUAACCUUGGUUGUCAAACUUAAUCCGUUCCAAAAGACCAUUCGUCUUCCGAAACGUUUGACAACCAAGGUGCAGCUUCUGAUUGGCUGCAAGAGCUUCUUGCACUCAAGCGGGACCCACGUCAGACAUUCGGGUUCUGAAAAACGUUUGAAAACUGGAACAUUUACCUCUGGGUUUUUGGUGUUCAGGAGCCGAAACAUACGACAACAGAGAACCGAGGUUUGACUAUAUCACACACACACACACACACUAUGAUUCGUGAUAUACUGCCAGGUUGAAAUGAUGUAACCGAUAUCACAAUAUGGAAUACCAAACCGGUUUUGAACGAUACAGUGGUACCUUGGGUUACAUACGCUUCAGGUUACAGACGCCGCUAACCCCGAAAUAGUGCUUCAGGUUAAGAACUUUGCUUCAGGAUGAGAACAGAAAUUGUGCUUUGGCGGCUCGGCGGCAGCAGGAGGCCCCAUUGGCUAAAAUGGUGCUUCAGGUUAAGAACAGUUUCAGGUUAACAACAGACCUCCAGAACAAAUUAAGUUCUUACCCUGAGGUACCACUGUAUUUUGAUAUAUUGCCCAGCCCUAGUGGUAGGACGAUGAUAAGUGGCCACAGGGAGCAGACUGGGAGGAGGCAAUGUCAGAAGCUGAAGGGGUAACGGAGCUUAGUGAGGUGGGAGAGUCUGUGACAGAGAACUGCUCAAAGUCGGAAGCAGGAGAGUGGGAUGAGGCAGGUUGAGAGGCAGAGAUGAGUCAGGCUGCUGAAGAGUCACAGGGGUCUCCCCCUCCUGCUGCGACAUGCUCCCCUCCCCGCUGGUCUCCCGGAAUCCAGAGAGGCACGAAGUGGGAGGAGCAGAGGCAGACACACAGGCGCAGUCUCAGAUUGCUUGGGGAAAACCCAGGAGAGGAAGGCACUUAGGCAGCUGUGGGAAGGCGAGGACUCCUUCCGUCUCUACAACUGCCUCAUUAGGGGCAAGAUUUACCAGGACGAGUUGCUGUGCUCAUUAGGCCUAGCACUCUUGUGCAGAUGCUGUUUUUUCUUUCUAAUAAAGAGUUAACUUUACGUACUCCUUUUGAUUUGCUGCUGGCUCGUUCCUGGCAGUAGCUCAGUGCACCUGCCUUGCAUGCAAAUAAAAAUAAAAACCCCUGGGUUCAAUCCCUGAUGGUGUCUCCAGGUAGGGCUGCGAAUGUACUCUGCCCGAAACCCUGAGGAGCCACUGCCAGCCAGUGUAGGCAGUACUGAGCUAGAUGGAUCAGUGAUCUGACUCUGUGUAAGGCUGCUUCCAUGUGGGUGAAGGGGCCUGGCUCAGUGCUCUGGGGUUACGGCUGCGCUGGAAUCCUGGGCCCUCAGUGGCUUGGUCCUAACCUUUUCCUGUGCCCUUCCUCUCAGCAAGUGGGCGAUGCCAUGGGCGUCGGAGUGGAGCCUGCCAUCAACAGCACAAACGCCAACAGCUCGCACUGGGAUAUGGGCAGCGCUUUCUUCUUCGCUGGCACCGUGAUCACCACCAUCGGUAUCUGGGGCCUGAUGGGGAGGAGACAGAGGGAAGGGGUGGCUGUCUUCCUUGCUUUGCUACAGAGAAGCCUGGCAAGGGCUGUGGCGCAGUGUUUGGAGCACGUGCCUUGCACAUAGCUGUCAACUUUUCCCUUUUCUUGUGUGGAAUCCUAUUCGGAAUAAGGGAAUUUCCCUUAAAAAAAGGAGAACAUUGACAGCUAUGGCCUUGAAUGCAAAAAGGCCCAGGUUCAGUCCCUGGUAUUAUCAGGUCUGAAAGACUAUCGAAAGCUCCUGCCUGUCCUGGGAGCCACCUGCGUGCAUUUAGACACCCAUGUCUUAAUUUUUAAAAAAGAGGUUUUUGCCAUUUAUCUCUAUGGUGGUAGUGCUGCUGCUGCGCCCCACCGUAGGUCAGGCCAUGGCCCAGUAUUGAGCCCUGGAUUUGAUAAUCUGUUUCAUCUAGGCAUACCUACUGCUGAUUUGCCACCACCACCCUCAGAGGUAACGUGGGUGGCGCUGUGGUCUAAACCACCGAGCUUCUUGGCCUUGCCGAUCGGAAAGUUGGCGGUUCGAAUCCGUGCGACAGAAUGAGCUCCUGUUGCUCUGUCCCAGCUCCUGCCAACCUAGCAGUUUGAAAGCACGCCGCUGUGGCGGGAAGGUAAACAGCGUUACCAUGCGCUCUGGUUUCCAUCACAGUGUUCCGUUGGGCCAGUAGCGGUUUUGUCAUGCUGGCCACAUGACCCGGAAAGCUGUUUGUGGACAAACGCUGGCUCCCUCGGCCUGAAAGCAAGAAGAGCGCCGUCCAGGGGUCCUUUACCUUUUUUACCUUUACCACCCUCAGCCACCUUGCCCAGGAAAGUACAGCGGUACAUUGGGUUACAGACGCUUCAGGUUACAGACUUUGCUAACCCAGAAAUAGUACCUCGGGUUAAGAACUUUACCUCAGGAUGAGAACAGAAAUCGCAUGCCAGCGGAGCGGCAACAGCGGGAGGCCCCAUUAGCUAAAGUGGUACCUCAGGUUAAGAACAGUUUCAGGUUAAGAACGGACCUCCAGAACGAAUUAAGUUCUUAACCCGAGGUACCACUGUAAUAUUAUAGUUUUCCAAAAUAUCUGCAUCUAGGGAGGACCUCUUUAGGAGGAGCCUCACCACCGCCUCUUUCAAGGCAGAAGGCAUAACUCCUUCCAGUGGCACAGCAUUGCCUCAUCCAUUGAAUCUAUCCAAUCAAUCCCCUCCUGCUAGAUUUGGCAGUCAUUAUGGGCAGGGAUGCUGUUGGCCUCAUGGCCAUAAUCACCUGGUCCACAUCCUCAGGUUGAAACAGCUGAAGCUGACCCCAUAAGGUAUAAUUCAUGAAUGGUCCAGGGCCCUUCAAGGAGCCUGAACCAAUUGUGGCACCUGGUUCAGCAUGGAUCCAAGUGUUAUUUUGCACUCAGAGUGUUUUUGCAAAUCUCUCGCAGAGACAGAAGUCAUAGCCCAACAUCUGGAGGGCCACAGGUUCCCCAUGCUAGGUACAUGUCCCAACCAAUCAGGGAUCACAUGUUAAAUGUACUUAGGUAAAGGUAAAGGGACCCCUGACCAUUAGGUCCAGUCGUGGCCGACUCUGGGGUUGCGGCGCUCAUCUCGCUUUAUCGGCCGAGGGAGCCGGCGUACAGCUUCCGGGUCAUGUGGCCAGCAUGACUAAGCUGCUUCUGGCAAACCAGAGCAGCACACGGAAACGCCGUUUACCUUCCCGCCGGAGUGGUACCUAUUUAUCUACUUGCACUUUGGCGUGCUUUCGAACUGCUAGGUUGCUAGGUUGACAGGUAAUGUGCUUACCAAGGUGUAAAGUGGGAAGGUGGAACCUGUGGACUUUCCAGGUGCUGUUGGUUAUCUGAGAUAGCGCAGUUGGUACAGCAUGCAACUUUUAAUCUCAGGGUCAUGAGUUUGAGCCCCACAGCCAGUCUGUUUAUACUGUGAGUAGAUUGCAGUCUCUUGGGAGUUGGACGUGCCCGAAUUAGAUGGACCCCGGUCUGGCUGUGUGUAUAGCUGCCUCCUGCAUAACUGACUUAGGAGUGGGUAUAUCAGGGUGAUCAAUGCAGCCAGCUGGCUGCAGCUUCAAGACGGUGCCAGGGAGCCACACAAAGGAUUUACAACCUGGGGCUGAGCAAAGAAGCUAAGAGGCUUUGCUUAUUUUUGCUGGAGUCUGCAGGAUUGGGACAGAAGCUGAUCCAGGCAUUUCUCCAAAAAUUAAGGAAGAAGAAAUGGAACAAGGGGGUUGGAUUUUGUGUGUGUACAUCCUUGUGCAACAUUCUGUUUUGAUCCAGGCCUCGUUCCUGGAACCAUGACAAGGGUAAGAGUAAAGAAGCAAAGGUUUCUUCUGAGGAUAUGAAGAGUGCAUCUUUCUUACCCCACAGAGUAUUAAGGAUGCAAGACCCAUCUAGUCCAACACCCUGUUCUCACCAUGGCCAACUAGAUGCCUGUGGGAAGCCCCCCAAACAGGACAGGAGUGCAUUGGUCCUCUUCCUGUUCUUGCUGCCUGGCAAGAGGUAGACUGCUUCUGAACUGAGAAGCUCUGUUUCUUUUUUCAUGACUAAACAAUCACCUCCGUGAAUUCGUCUAACCCCCUUUUAAAUCUGUCUAAUCUUGCGGCAGUGAAUUCCAUAAGUUAGUGGUAUGUUUUGGUACAGGUGUAUUUUCUUUUGUCUGUCCUAAAUCUGCUGCCAAUUAGAUUCAUUGGGUGGUGGUGGGAAAACCUCUCAGUUUUGUUUGUUGUGUAUUUACUUCUUUAAAAAAAACAUAUCCUGUCCGAUCUUCCAGAAGAAAUUAUAAGCAGCUAACAAAAACCAGUAAUAAUAAUAUAAAACAAUCCACAGUUCAGUCAAAUCUGCGGUACUCAAAGUAUUAGCAGAAAAGAAAUAUCCCAAACCACGACGACAGUUUCAGAACAGCCGUCAGAAUUAAUAAAACAUCCAGAUGUCAAAGCAAGGAAAGGUAUUUUUAAGACAUUGCACACACACAUUCAGGCCUGUUUUCACAACCUUGAGGACUACAAACUUGCUUUUUAAAAACCAAAAACAGAAUUAAUAUCCAAAUAUAAAAAUUGCCUUUUUAAGCAUCUGUGUCUUCAGUGGCCCACAUACUUUCAGGGCUGUUUUCGCAUUCGUAAAGACUAGAAACUUGCUUUAAAAAAAGCCAGGAACCUAAUUCCUUCAUUUGUACAAUAAGACCAUGUGCCUAUUGCAGCUUUGUUCCCUGGAGUUGAUAGUAACUGUAGUCCAUAACAUUUGGAGGGUGCCUGCUUGGAGUAGUCUGAGCCAGAGGGUUAGAACAGAGUCUGGAUCAAUAUUGAGGAGCACUUUCUCUUUUCUGCUGACUCUGUCUCUGCCUCUCUCUCUUCUCCUGCCCUAACAGGGUUUGGGAACAUCUCCCCCAAGACUGACCCUGGCCGGCUUUUCUGUAUCUUCUAUGCCCUCGUGGGGAUUCCUCUCUUUGGCAUGCUGCUGGCAGGAGUCGGGGACCAUUUGGGAUCGUCUCUCCGGAAAGCCAUUGGCAAAGUGGAGGACAUUUUCUUGGUGAGCAAAACCUUCGCCUGGAGGGCAGCUUCUCUCCAGCCUUUCCAACACCACUUGUACAUUUCUCUGCCCACCUUUGUUUGCAGGGACCUCCUGCUCAUUCUUGCGGGUGGCGCUGUGGGUUAAACCACAGAACCUAGGGCUUGCCGAUCAGAAGGUCGGCGGUUUGAAUCCCCGCCACGGGGUGAGCUCCCGUUGCUCGGUCCCUGCUCCUGCCAACCUAGCAGUUCGAAAGCACGUCAAAGUGCAAGUAGAUAAAUAGGUACCGCUCCAGCGGGAAGGUAAACAGCGUUUCCGUGCACUGCUCUGGUUUGCCAGAACCAGCUUAGUCAUGCUGGCCACAUGACCCGGAAGCUGUACACCGGCUCCCUCGGUCAAUAAAGCGAGAUGAGUGCCGCAACCCCAGAGUCGGCCAUGACUGGACCUAAUGGUCAGGGGUCCCUUUACCUUUACCUGCUCAUUCUACUGUGCAGGACUCAGGUGGUGUGCUUGCAAAGUCCUGUUUUGCUGGCGCCAGUGCCCUUCUGUGAACUUCCCCCCAACUUUUUUUGAGUCCUGUUAGGACACAUUUGCAAACUGGAGAAACAGUUAUGGGCAUUUCACACAGACACACACACACCACAGCCUGUUUUGUUGACUGCAGUAUAAUGCUUGCCUUCCCCAAUUUCAUCAGGGAGAAGGGGACCUUGUGGGCACCAAGAAUGCCCCCUGUGUGUUUGCAGGGCAGCAUGUUGGCAGUCUAUAGUCUAGACAGGCCGAUUGGAAGAAAUGCACUUAUAGGAGUUGGCUGCCUCGUGGAUCAGCUGUUGGCUUUUUCAACAUUGACCUCUCUUCCAUCCUGUUCCCUCCUAUUCUCUGCAGAAGUGGCAGGUCAGUGCUACCAUUGUGAGGGUCCUCUCGGCCUUGCUCUUCAUCCUCAUUGGCUGCCUCCUCUUCGUCUCCCUGCCGACCAUCAUCUUCCAGAGGGUGGAAGGAUGGACCCUUUUAGAGAGCGUCUACUUUGUGGUUGUCACACUGACCACCAUUGGAUUUGGCGACUAUGUGGCAGGUGGGUGUUGUGGGGCGAAAUGAAGGGGGUGAGCCCAGUGGGGUGGGGUGCAUUGGGAUUCCCCUUUCUGACCCUGAGAGUGGUUCCCGGAGCACAAUCAACCCCUCUUCCCAGGGAACUCUGGGAACUGAAGCUCUGUCUCCUCUCAGUGCCCGUAAGGGUCUCCUCUCAGUGCCCAUAACAAACUAUUGUUUCCCAGAAUAUUUGAGGAAAGCCAGGACUGUUUAAAGUGCUUUAAAUGUUUGGAGUGGAUGUGGCCUAAGACCUAGUACAAAAUGCCACCCUAUUGGUCUAUUCCAAUUGAGAACUUCGUUGGGUUUUCCUGACAGCCUUUCAUCCAGGCAUCGACCAUACAUGAUCUUAGCUUCAGCAAGGUGAUUCAGUCAAGUCUCUUUGGACCACCUCCUCACCUCUCUCUUCCUUCCUCUGUACUAAGGUGGAGAGUAACUGGUUUUGGUGGUGUUGGGAGUGCUCAUCACAAAUUGUCUUGCCUUAAACUUUGCUCCUUCCAGGUGAUACGAAAAGCGAAGAAUACCUGUGGUACCAGCCAUUGGUGGUGGUCUGGAUUCUGCUGGGCUUGGCCUACUUUGCCUCCAUCCUGACUAUGAUUGGCAACUGGUUGAGGGUGUUGUCCCGGCGCACGAGGGCUGAGGUGAGGACACUUCAAGUGCACUUGAUAGGCCCAUUGUAUCAUCUCCAUGUCCUCCACAACUCCCAUUAUUAGGGUUUCCAGGUCAGGAGCAUCCCAGACCCUGAGAUUUCAAGACCUAGGAGAGGGUCCUGGUGAUGUCACAGGGCAGGACCUGCAGAUAGAGGUUUGUUGGAAGAGAAUGAGAGUGGACACCCUCCUCCUCCUCCUAUUAUUAUUAUUAUUAUUAUUAUUACUCUAUCUCACCUGAAGAUUCAAGCCCUCCAACUGCAACCUGGAGGGGCCAGGCAAACCUGGAGACUUCAGGUCAGACCUGGAGGUCUGGCAACCCUGCCAAUCUUCUCCCUGUAUUUACCUGUUAUAGUAGUGUGAUGAUGACUGACUGACUAUUUAAUUUCUAUACUGCUUAAUAUAUUAGAAAUAUCUUUAAGCAGUGUACAAAAAAUGGAAGCAACGACAGACAAACAAAAUAUUACAAAAACACACUGCUACUUGUAAAAAGGUUACAUUAAUACAAAGUUACUAAUAUAUACAAAUCAAUAUCCAUUCAUUUUCCUUCUGACACAUCUUCCCUCUUUGCCUCCAGGUUCUCUUGUUAAGUCCACAACUCCCAAAAGCCAAUGGUGUAACCUCUGACGCAGACAAUAUAUCCUUAGAUCUUAGGUCAAAGGCUGUUUGUUUGUAUAGACCAGUAUUGGCCCAGUUUGUACAGAACACUAACCCAAACCGUGGCCUAGCAUGGUUCCACAAUCGAGAGGAUAUCCUGACUGCUGUGCUCCUCCCCUACUCUGGUUCUCCUCCUGCUGUGCUAUUGUGAGCUAAGCCAAGGUUGUUGUCCAAAUCUAGCCUCAUGAUUUGUCUCUCUCCAGUCCAGGCCAACUCCUGAGCAGCAACCAAGGUUUGUUUUAGGGUUGGGAACCUCAGGUCUGGGGAUCUAAUGUGGCCCUCCAGCCUUUUCUAUCUGGCCCUUGGGACUCAUCCUCCUUUAGGGUUUUUGCCUGGCUGGAAUGUUUCCUUAAACUCUGUUCAUGCCUCUUAGUUGCCUCGCUUUAAUGUGUGUGGAAGGUAGAGCAAAGCAAAAUUUACAUCCAUGACUCACUUUGACUUCUGGUGCUGCCCACCAGUGGCAUGUGGCCCCCAGAAGGUUGCCCAGAAGGGAAUGUGGCCCUUGAGCUGAAAAAAGUCCCAUGCUCCUAGUUUGCAGCCUGUGUUUCGUCUGGAGCAAACCUGGCCUCCUCUAUUGCCUUUCAAAUUGCAACUUGAGCAAGGCGUCUAGGAAGUGGGAAGGCAGAAGUCUGCAGAUCAAGCCACUGUUAACAGCUGGCAAGCAAACAAACAAAUAAACAAAAAUUGGGGGGCCUUGUUCCUACAGUGCUCCUCAUCCCCACCCCCAAACUCCUUGUGCUGGUGGUGCUCUAUAAUAACUCAAAGUGAAGGCGAGAAUCUGCAGCCUCCGAGUUUUGAAGCAUUUCCCCUUUUGCCAAUUAAAAAAGCAGAUGGCAUCAAUUUUGCACAUAAACUCAUUAAGCGGCUUGCCUAAUUGAAAGCCAUUUCUUUCUCGCUGACCCUGGCGUUCAGACGAAAGGCAAUAAAAACAGCUGGAAAUGAUUGGUGGCAUUUUGCACCCACCCGCCUGGAAACAGGACCAGGCACAGUGAAGGGAAAUAGGAGGUGGUUAAGGAGAAAUAUGUACAUGUUUGCAGCGGGUCUCGAUUUUAUUUGGUGGUGAAGCGGUUUGCAAGGCAGGGAAUGCAGUAGCCCCUUAACUGCUGCUCAGCACAAUUUCCUACCUUACCCAAGUUGUGGCUGGCCUUGUUGAGCAUGGGUGCGAGGGGGAACUGCCUCAACAGGGAUGCAAUGGGUGUAGCAGGGCAUCACACACGAUAGGCAUGUCAGCAGUCAGCUGAGGGCAAACAAAAAGAAAUAAUUCCUCAUGCAGCCUCAGAGGGGUAGACGUGAAAAUCAGCUGCACAAAACGACUGCUGAAAGUUGCCUCUGGAGCAUCAAUAUUUUGCAGGAGAGAUUCAAGCACUAGGAGUCAAGCGCUGAGAACCAAAACGCAAGGAUCCUUGCAGCUCAGGAGUCGAGCACUUGCCUUCAAUGCAGAAGGUCCUGGGUUCAAUUGCCAACAGCUCCAGAUAGGCCUGGGAGAGACUCCCGAUCUGAAAUCCUGUAGCGCCACAGCCAGUCAGUGUACAUCAGGUGUGGGAAACCUUGGGUCCACCAGCUGUUGCUGAAUUGCAACUAGCCAUUGACCAGGCGUAGUGGCGCUUCUGGGAACUGUAGUUCAGCAACAUCUGGAGAGCCAAAGGUUCCCCACGCUUGAUGUAGACAAUACCAUACCCUCUAAGUGUCCCUAUUUUCCAGGGGCAGUAUUGGAAUUACAAAAGCCAUCCCAGCUUCUAAUUUGAUCCUGGAAUGUCCCUAUUUCCUCCGCCAGCGGCACCACUGCCUAGCUCAGGGGAGAGGAUGAGCCAGCACUUGUCCCGAGAGAUGGCGGUGGCAUCCCAUUGCCUCUCCAUGGCUGCCACUGCUGGCCUUGGGCAAGGAGAAGGAGAGGCUGCAGUCACCAAGGCCCAGCUCCUUGUGAUGUGCCGGCUCUGAGGGGCAGACAGGGGGCAGGGCUGCCCUGGGUGGGAAGAAAGGGGGAGCCGAGCAGAGCACAAGGAGUCUUGAUUUUUUUAAAAAAUGCUUUGUGCAUCCGCAUCUAAUCUUGCCAUUUCCCAAAAUUUAUUUAUUGAUGUGUGUUUCCCUGUUUAUAAAUCUGCUAAAGAAUAAUGUUUUAAAAAACCAGGAUUAAGGGUUUUUCUCAGGAUGGUGGUGGGCGUGUGUGCUGGGUCCCAUUGGUGUGGCGGUGGCGGCACUCGCCCUUCUGAUAUGAAAUGCUCUGCUGGGGACACACAAACACACACACACACACACGGGGGGGUUGGGGAGGAUCAGUUGCGGGGGGAAUGAGAAAUGUCCCUAUUUUCAUCUGAGUCAUGUUGGAAGGUAUGCAAUACUAAGCUGUUGGUGUGACUCAGAGACAGAGCCCUGUGUUCCUAUAUCCAUUAUAGUCCUUUAGAAUUUGCAUUUAUCCGAAAUUAGCAACGCAGCUCUCCAACCAGUGUUUACAAAAAUGCAUAUAAAAAUGUGUGCAUAUAAAUGAAUAUAUCCACGACAGUAACAUGCAAAUGUCUUGCAUUAGGGGAUAUUGCAUUAGGGGAAAUAACAUGCUAUACUAGAUAGAUCUUUUAGCAUAGAAGUUCUUGCAUGUUCCUAAGUGGCAUCUAAUUGGUUUUUCUCCCCACCUUUCUACUUUCUGACCUUUUGCUUGACUGAAUAAAAGGCAUUCCCCCAAUAUGGAUUUUGGAAUUUUCUGUUAUAACUACAUCUCCCCCUUCCUAUUUCCCUACAGAUGGGAGACUUGACUGCGCACGCUGCCUCCUGGACGGGCAACGUGGCCUCCCAGCUCCGUGUCCCAAACAUGGCGUUUCCAGACAAGCUGCACAGAGUGGGCACCUUGAAAGGGAAGCCGCUGUCGCCUUCGGCCAUGUUGCAGCAGGGGGACAGCCAAGAGGUAUUGCCGCCAUUGCUACUUCCGCAACAGCAAUUGCCACCACAGCAGCAAUUGCCACCGCAGCAGCAAUUGCCACCGCAGCAGCAAUUGCCAACACAACUGCCACCUUUACCACCCCCGCUGCUGCCACCACCACUGCCAUCCCCGCGCCCAUCUCCAGGUACUGCACAGCGUGUGGCCCAGCUGCGGCCUAUAGACUACGCGGGUGAAAACCUGGCCUUCAUUGACGAGAGUUCAGAUGCGCUGAGCGAUGGAGGGCCGCCUUCUGCCAGGUUGCCCCGCCGCAUGCGCCCUCGGGCACGGCACCGUGCCAACACGGGCCAGCCGCCAGGAUUGCCCAUGGUCCUGCUGAGCCUGACCCAGGACAAAGGUGAACCUGUCUAAGGCUAGGGCUAGGCCCAAGCCUGUCUUGGAGCAAGUUUCCGACCUAUUGGUGCAGUUCUCUUUGUUCCUCUCCUCCUGUGCCCAGCAGAGUGAAACCCAAAGCGUCUCGGCUUUUGUUUCCGUGAGGUGCUAAGUGCCCGCCUUUUUGUGUGCCCUGGCACAAACCCUCUGCACUGCGGUAUCCCAUUCUAUGCUGCCAACUGGGCUCUGUCCCCGUUUCCAUAGACACUAGGAACGCCACCCUCUUUGCUGUGCCAACACAGUCUCUUGCUUCCAGUGGGACAAAACCUGGCAUCACCGCUCUCCUCUCCGCAUGGUGCUCCCCAAUUCAGCCUUCCUCCUGGCAGCAGGAUUAUACUUCUGUUCCCCGAGCAUCACUGGAAGCCUCAUCUCAACCUGUGUGCCUGUUAUGGUUGUCCUCCUUUAAUCUUCCAGAACUGCACCUUGUGAGUGGGUGGACAGGUCAGAAUCUCUCCCAUCCACUCUGGCUCCAAGCACCAGGUCUACUUCCUGUUGCAUGCUCUCCUGAUCAUCCCUGUCCCCAAGCACACACGCACAAAACUCCUCCUGCCUUGUGAGUCGAAAUUAGGCGAAUAGCCACACAAAGUGUGAAUGAGUUUCAUAGCUGUUGUUCCCUUUCCCCCAGGAAAUUAUGUUAGCAUUGGGCUUUUAACAGAGUAGAUGUCUGAACAGAUGUCGCCAUGAUUGAGAAGCCUCAGUGCCCUUGACAAACUACAAUUCCCAGGAUGGGGGUGGGGAACCCAUGAUAGUAUUGCACCUGUACACUUGCUGAAAGUUUGUCACAAACUUUUGCACCUUUCCUCCCCUGCUUUGGUGUAGGGACAGAGGAGAAAUUUGGUUUAGUUCACAUCUAGAGGCCAACCUCCCAAACUGGAAUUUCCUGAAACUUAAAAAACACAACCCUCUUUGGAGAUUCGCUCUCCUCUGCGUUUUGCACUGCAGUUCUCCAGCCAAGUAAUGUGUAGAAAAAUGCGUAAUUUGGGGUAAAGUAUGUGCAAAAAUGCUUAUAGUGCUGAAAAUAAAGUGCAAAAAAUGCAUUUUGUUUGGAGGAAACUGCUUUGUAAAAAUGUGUCUGUUAGGAGAAAUUCACACUCAAAUGGCAAUGAGUUGUCAUGAAGACUUUUUUCUUUCUUAUUUUUUAAGCAGAUGCAAAUGGAUGUAGAAAUGUGAAUAACUGAACUUAAGAUUGGAAAAAAUAAGAAACUGAGGGAAGCAAGAAUUGACAGAUUUGCCUAUCCCUACCAUGGGGUGUCUGGGAAGGUUGUUGUGGGGUGUGAUUGCCUAAAAUAUGCUAACAACUGCAUUGGGGGUGUCCCUAUCCAACCCUCCCUGCAAUCCAGUAAUGUUGGAGAGGUAUAGUAAAAUUUGGGAGUGUGUGAACCCUAUGGGAGCUCCCUCUUGGUUGGGCUUCCUCCAAGGGCUGUUUUGUUACAUGGGGCAAGGUUCUGCAGCCACCCCAAGCUACAGAGAAGAGAGUGUGGGAGGAGGCUACCCUCAUCUCUCCCCGUCUUCCAUCUUUCACUUCACAAAUGUGCCUGUUCUUGACUCUGUAUAUUGGAAGCAUUUUAUUUAUUUAUUUAUUUAUUUAUUUAUUUAUUGGUCUGGUCUUCCAGAAAUUAAAACCAAAACUACACGAGAA